AUGUCUUCCUCAUCCAACCCCAAACCCCUCAUCACCCAUCUCUACACCGCAGACCCCUCCGCCCACGUCUUCAACGACAAAAUCUACAUCUACCCUUCUCACGACCGCGAGACCGACAUCGCCUUCAACGAUAAUGGCGACCAAUACGACAUGACCGACUACCACGUCUUCUCCAUGGACUCGAUCGACGGGCCCGUCGCGGACUCGGGCGUCGUCCUCUCCGCCGACAAGGUCCCCUGGGUCUCCAAGCAGAUGUGGGCUCCGGACGCCGCCACCAAGAACGGCAAAUACUACCUGUUUUUCCCGGCGCGCGAUCACGAGGGCAUCUUCCGCAUCGGCGUCGCCGUGUCGGAUUCCCCCACCGGUCCCUUUGCGCCGGAGAAGAGCUACAUCCCCGGCAGUUACAGCAUCGACCCGGCGGUCUUCGUGGACGAGGACGACCAGGCGUACCUCUAUUUCGGCGGCAUCUGGGGCGGACAGCUGCAGUGCUGGGAAAAGGCCGAGUCGUCCGAGGCGAAAGGUGCAGAGCUCGAUCCGCAGAUGAACGGGCUCGUCUUCAACAAGAACAAGUCUGGGCCUCAGGAGCCCUCAGGCCCCGGUGUGCCUGCCUUGAGUCCGCGCGUGGGCCGCUUGUCCGACGAUAUGCUCUCGUUUGCGGCGCCGCCGCAGGAGAUGCAGAUCCUAGCUCCCGAGACCGGGGCGCCCCUGGCGGCGGAUGAUCAUGAGCGCCGCUUCUUCGAGGCUGCGUGGAUGCACAAGUACAAGGGCAAGUAUUACUUUUCGUACUCGACGGGUGACUCGCACUACUUGGUGUAUGCGACGGGAGACUCGCCGAUGGGGCCAUUUACGUAUCAAGGGAGGAUCUUGGAGCCGGUGCUGGGUUGGACAACGCACCAUUCGAUUGUGGAGUUCAAGGGCAAGUGGUAUCUGUUCUAUCAUGAUUGUGAACUGUCCAAGGGGGUGGAUCAUUUGAGAUCGGUCAAGGUGCGGGAGAUUGUGUAUGACGAGGAGGAUAAGAUUCAUUUGGCGUAG